AUGCUUGAAUUAGUCAGCCGUGUUUAUACUCCUUCCACUUGGGACAAUAGCGGUGCACAAACGCCGGCGCAGCGAUUCUUCAAAAAAUAUGUUGACACGGUUGAUUCUCACGGCUUCAAUCACGGCUCUGGCCUGCAGUUCUACUCCAAUGAAGUCAUUUUCCAUAACCAAAACAACGCUCAAUAUAAUGGCGGAGACGAGAUGUGGGCGUGGAUGAAGCGCCUUUUCGGGCAAUUUGAGAAAAUGCGCCAUGAUCUCUCCAAUCUCUGGGAGGUCAAGAACGAAGAUGCAACUGUGGCCAUUUUGUCUCAAUGGACCCGCAGUAUCUGGAUUGCGGGGAAUACCACUGAUGAGCCGAGUGUUAGCAUCCCGCUGUGCUGGAUCUGUACAAUCGGCCCGGCUGAUUCUGCUGGAGCUGUGGAUGGUCUGAGCUUUCGGGAAGUCUGGCUUUACUGGGAUACAGCUCCGCCUAUGAAGCAUCUUCCCCAGGAGGCAGUCGUUUUCCAAACGCAAAACAUCCUUCACGAACCUGUAUCAGCAAAGACCUCAUGA